AUGGACAUGAUGCAAGAUGAAAAACAACGAAGACCAGUGUCGCAAUGGUUCCCAGAUUCUGAGUGGGCGAAGCAUUUGCCGUUAUCACAGUUCGUUGCGGAACAUAAUGGUUAUUUGAGUAGCAAACUCAAGCGGACAGGGCUCGGAAUUAAGUCAGAGCUUAGAGGCAUUCUCAAUUCCGUGCCGGAAAAGAAUGAGACCACGUUGACAGAGUCGAAGAAAGAGAGUGAUCUGUUGCAGUCGCUAAAUGCUAUGCCACUCCAUGUAUUGUCCACCUACGUCCAUAAACACGCUGAAGACCUUGGGGCAGCGCAUACUGCCCUGGACCGGAAGCGAUCUGAUGGCGUCCGAAAAACCUGGUCGGAGACGGAGAGGUUCGUCAUGCAAUUUGAUAGAUUCCUAAAUGCCUAUUCUGGCAUUCUAGACAUCGUCAAAACAGCCGACGCUCAAUACGGCGGAGUAGCUGGCGCGACACUCGCGUUGCUUUUCUCGACUGUGAAGUUGAAGAUCAAGAACGAAGAAGCCAUCGUGUCCGCAAUGGAACAGAUAUCUGAUCGUCUCCCAGACCUGGAGGUAUACCGGAAGAUUUACCCUGAGCCAAAACUAGGCUUGAUGCUUGUUGAUGCAUACAAGGACAUCAUAAUUCUUGCGCGAGCAGCGACAAGUUACUUUCUUGGGUCGACUUGGGGACGCCAAGUGAUCAAUUUCGGAAACCCACUUAGUUUUGAGGUCCUAGAACAAAACAUGCGGGAGAAUUUCCGCCGUAUCCGGAUAAGAUGCGACGUCCUCCUAGCGCAACGGGUGGACCAGCUGGCGAACGAGCUAAAAGAUAGUUACGAGCGUGAAGAUAGGACCAGGGUCGUGUUGUUACGCGAUGCACUGAACAUUGGAAGUUAUCGAACCGGCGAUGCCGUUCUCUCGCUGAAGCAGUAUCGCAAGGCGCUGGCAUCUAGCUUCGAUGAUGAUAGGCAUCGAUCGAAGCUGUGCAAAUCGGAUUUGAUGACUGAGAGCAAGGCUCGCUUCUGGCAAGAGAGUACGUCCUGUCUUCUCAUGCUCUCGGGCUGCAACGAAGAAGGCGUCGGUGAAGUGGCACUGUCCUGGCUAUCUCCAGUGGCUGUGGAUAUCGUGCUUGACCGGCUAUCUCAAUCGCGACCAGUUGCCUUUGAGAUCUGCACCAGAUCAAGCACAUGGGAGAAUGUACUAGCGCGAUUGAUCUUUCAGCUAUUAGAGAAGAAUCCGGCAGUGGUUCGAAAAGGCCAGGACUGGUACGAAAUCCAGUCGCAUAUUGCUUGGGACGGUGAUUCAGAAGGAAAGACAAAGCAUCUCUCAGAAGCCUUACGCAAGAUCGUCGAUUUACAGACAGAGGAAGUGUACAUUGUUAUAGACAGACCUGAGCUGAGCGAGGAUGAUUCCGUAAGAGACUUCGCUUCGGGCAUGCUUCAUUUGAUCGAGCAAACGAGGAAUGUUCUGAGAGCAAUGAUCAUUCAUCGAGCUGAACUCUGGAAUUGGGAGGAGAACAAGAGAAGUGUUCUCGGAAAGGGUAUGAGAGGCGACAUCUGCCAAGCGCUUCGUAUCGAUCAAUGCCGUUUGGAGAGUAAUUAA